AUGGUUGAUAAUGCUGCGACAGUAACUACUGGCCCGUCCGUAUUGAAUAAUUCCCUCGACGAGUCUAGACUCCAUCACUCUACCCCUCCGAAGACCUAUCGAGAGCCAAAGAGCUUCGUGUCUCCUACGGUUGCUUCGACAGCUAACAGUUCUUCACCACGACAUGUUAACUUUGAUAACUAUGAUGAUGACGCUAUGCAUUUCGACAAUGUCGUGAACCAUGAAGAGCUCAACGACGUCCUUAACCGAUUGCUGCCUUCCUUGGACUACUUGGACGGCGUUUCCGGUGAGCCCGAGAGUGACAAUGACGGUCCCGUCGGUGGAGUACCUGCCCUACAUCACCCUAGUUUAGAUUUGUCUGCACUCAGUGACAGCGUUUUUGAGGACUACCAUGAUGAUCGUGGUCGUGGUUUUUCAGCUGAUGGUGAAUUCUCCUAUGCUGACAACUUUAACAACGGCGCUGUCGCUGAGCCUCAUUGCUCUGGUGAUUUCGGUGGUUCGACCGCUGGUGACUCCUCUGGAGAGGUGGUUGAUGAUAUGAUGGGUAAAGUCCUUUCUGCCUUCGUGGACGCUCAGAAGGAGCUUGAAGAAGAACGGGAGAAAAGAAGGCAGCUCGAGCUCGAGAAUGAAGUGAUGCGUUUGAGAAUUCGCACCCUUAGUAGUGUCGGCUCUAACCCUACUAACAGUCGGCAUGGUAGCAUUAGUUACGCUGCUGCCUUGAACAACGGUGUUGGUUCAUCGUCACCAAGCUAUGGUGUGCUUUCAUCGAGAUCUCGGGCGAUGACUGCUGCUGUUGAUACGUUGUUGCCUGACGACGCUAGCAUGUCCGAGGUAGCUCCACCACCUCCAGGGCUGUUGGAACAUCAAGUGUCGGCUCCCUCUCGUUAUUAUGGCUUGUCGUCACAUUUAGGCGCUUCUCAUGGUGGCUACAGUGGUAGCUGGGAUGCGCCACAGCAGCAACGGAGAUCGAGCUCUGGUGCUUUGAGCUAUCACCAACCGGUGUCACCAACGACUCCACCGAAGAUGAACUUACUAGAAGCGUUGCAGGUUAAGACCGAAGCUGAUGAGAAGAGGGUGUUUACUGUGCGGAAGGUGCACAAGUUGGGCUUCAAGGCUAGGCAUAUUCUAAGGGAGUACUUCUCUAAAUAUGGUCAUGUACGUGAUGUUGUGCUACUACCUAUGCGGGCCAAGCCUCGUCCGGGCCCUGGCGGUAUCAUUCGUGGCCCACGACCGAGCUCUAUGGGCUUUGUGGUGAUGUCCACCCCUGAGGAAGUCCGCCGCGUCUUAGAUGUUGAUGGUGUGCAUAUUGUGAGAGGAUGGCCUAUCGAGGUCAGGCCGUUCGUGAGACCUGCUGAUCAGGCCCCUGCUACUACUACUAAAGUGCAGCAGCAGCAACACGAAGAAGGAGAGUUUUAUGAUGAUUUCGCUCCACUUGACGAGUUUCAAAUGAGAGUUGGUCGACUCCUCCGGCAUGCUGCGUCUGUUAAACGGGUAACUCGAGCGACAGGCGUCGGGAAGGAUUCGGAAAAACUCGUACAACAGCUGAGGGCGGGUGGCAUCACGAACGGCCUUCAUGGGCGACCCAAGUUGCAGGAAGCUAACUCUAUGGUGGGCAAAUCGUGGAGGUCUUGGCGAGACCCCAAUGAGGUAGCUCGAGUGCUAAGGGCUCUUGUGGGGUCCUAUCGUGAUGAGGGAUCGACUCCAGAUCCAGCGAUGUGUCUGGACAUGCUGGCAUACCUUGAGGAACACAUGUCCGAGAUUACCGACCUCCCAGGCCUUGUGCAUUCGGUAGGGUUUAUCUCGACCCCAGUGGGUGUUCUGCAAGAUGUGGAGCUGUGUGCGGCCCGUGACAAGUUCCUAGAGAAGGCAUUCGACCGGCUCAAACGAAGGCAUAGUAAUCAGUGGAAGCGUAUGGAUCUUCCCCUCGUAGCAGCAGUGAAGAACUACAGACCACAGUACCGUGGUUUCAUAAUGGCGGUGCUCGAUACAGCAGCCCGAGAACUGGAAGUCGAGUACGGCCGACAGCACUCUAACCUGGCCGACUCUCUCACGAGAUUGCCCGUCUUCCUUCAUGCCUACGCUGUCACGGGCGGAAGUGGCCAUGCUGUCCUGAACGUUUCCGUCAACAUCUUAUCGGACUAUAUGAAUCAAGUGCCGUUUUGGGUAUUGACACACUCCACAUCUCACCUGGCUACAAUAGGAGCCCACGAAUCCAGUAGCGACUUGUUGAAGGGAUUCUUCUGGCAGUUGAAGCGCUUGGAAUGUACGGAGAUGGCCGAAUUGGCAAGGGAGAUCUUCGCUUUCUACACGGCGCUUUGGAGGCUCAACCAAGCCUUACAAGAGGAAGACACUGAGGCCAUGCGUCGCUGGAUCGAGUGGAAAUUAAAGGAUAUCAUUACUGCGGAAGAUCGUCUUUGCUUCGAUGGGUUCGCCCUGGAAAACCUAUGCGUUCUUCUCUCCACAACUAAACUGGAGGCGGCCGAGCUUUUGGAGGUGCUGAAUAGAAGAGUUGUGGACGAGGAUAUCGGCGCCUUGAGCCCGCCGGCGCUCAUCCAGUGUCUCAGGUGA